AACCCGGCAACUUCCUCAGGCCUCACCGAUUGCAAAUUCGCAAUUCGCAAAACUCCUAUAGUCCUAUUCCCAUUUUUUUCGUGGGAGCUGAUAAACGGUGAAAAUGCAGUAACGCUAAUUCCCAAUUUCCCAGCAAUGGAUAUGCGUUUCAUCCAAACGGCGUCGUACAAUCUUUCUCCCCAAAUGCUCCCCUUUUGUUUAGGAAACCCUAGAGGAAAUUGCAUCAAUCACUUCGAAUAGUCCAUCAGAAAGUCAUGGCGAUUGCUAGAACCGGAGUCUUUGUCGAUGAUUAUUUGGAAUAUUCGAACACAUUGCCCGCUGAGCUUCAGAGGCUUCUCAAUACUAUCAGAGAACUCGAUGAACGUUCCCAAGCCAUGAUAAACCACAGUAGGCAGCACACAAAUUAUUGCCUAGGAUUAGCUUCUCAGAAUCAUGGGUCACGGAAAAGUAAUUACGAGGAUGAUGAAGCCUUCGAAAGGUUGAGGAAGGAGAUUGAGGUGAACCAGAACAAUGCAUUAAGCCUUUGCACUGAGAAAGUUUUGCUUGCAAGACAAGCUCAUGACAUUAUAGAUAGCCAUAUAAAGCGCCUUGAUGAAGAUCUUAACAACUUUGUAGAAGAUCUCAAGCAAGAGGGAAAACUGCCAGCAGAUGAACCAGCCAUUCUUCCUCCAUUGCCUCUGGUCCUCAAAUCUGAAAAGCGCAAACAUAUGUAUGGAAUGCCUCAGUCAAAAAGACUUGAAUAUAGGGAGAGAGAUUGGGACCGUGAGCGUGACAGGGACUUUGAGCUUAUGCCACCUCCAGGAGGCCUAAAAAAGGAUUUCUCUUCUCCAGUUGAUAUCGAUCAACCCAUUGAUCCAAAUGAGCCUACAUACUGUGUCUGUCAUCAGGUAUCAUUCGGUGAUAUGAUUGCAUGUGACAAUGAAAAUUGCCAAGGAGGUGAAUGGUUCCACUAUGCUUGUGUUGGACUCACACCCGAGACUAGAUUUAAAGGCAAGUGGUACUGUCCAACCUGCAGACAGUUACCACACUGAUCACACAUGCUCAUGCUCUGUAGUGCGGUCAUAUAGUGUUUUGGACAUGAGCACUCAUGAGGGGAUUAUUUUCAAUGCAACUCUUCUUGUGUAUGUAUACCUUAGCUGCUCUGAAGCAAUAGUUGCAUACUUGUACUUGUAUAAAUGUCAGAUGAAGAAAAGGAAAACACAUUUCAUUGAUCACUAUAUUAUAGGUCGUUUGGUAACACUGUUUUUCGGCUUAUCAGGCUUAUCAGUCAUCUUUUUCACCAAACACGUAACUUUUGUUUUCGUGCGUUGAAUUGUGUAAUAAUAAGAAAAAGUAAGAUUAGAGUUACUUUUCUGGCUGUAUUGGUUGAAGUUACCGUCGACGACCAUUUUAGCUAUUUUUACAUAUAAUUUUAUCUUUAUUUUAUUAAUAAAAUGUAUUUUAAAAAUAAUUGUUUCUUAAAUCAGUAGAAUCAGCCAAUUUAGCCACUUCAUCCAAAACUUCAUAAGUUUCAGCAGAAUAAGCCGAAUCAGCCGAUUUUCGUGAUACCAAAUGGGUUCUAAAUUAUCUUAUUUUUGUCUUGCUGUCAUUUAAUUAUAAUUACCCAGAGAUGCUCUUUAGAUUUAACCAUUGUAAAGCAGGUCUGCUUCUGUACAUUGAAUUAGCAUGAUGAAUUGAUCGCACGUCUUUUGAUGAUACACAA